CACUCCCCUUGCGGAAUGCCAUGAGUCACUGGCCUGCUUGAUGUUACUUAAAAUUUUCGUAUUAGUUACCAGCUGAAGGUCGUAACGUUGAGUACAACUCUCCUUGUGCUCUCGUAAACCACACCAAAAUGGACCAGUUGACUUAUGUAGCCAACUUCCAUGAUGAUGAUGCUGUGAAGAAGAUGUCCUACCAGCCACUUGGUAACACUGGACUAAGCGUGUCGAGGAUAUCUCUGGGUGGAGGACCUCUGGGGGACAUGUACGGCAGUAACAAAGAGGAAGAGUAUAUAGCCACUGUUCAUCUGGCUCUCAAGUCUGGCAUUAACUACAUCGACACGGCUCCCUGGUAUGGCAAUGGUCGGAGUGAAGAAGUGAUUGGUAAGGCCCUGAAGGACGUCCCCCGCAGCGCCUACUACAUCGGUACCAAGGUGGGCAGGUACGAGCAAGACUUGGAGAAACAGUUCGAUUUCUCAGGCAAAAGAGUCGAGCAGAGCGUCGACGCAAGCCUCAAGCUGCUGGGACUCAACUAUGUUGAUGUAAUACAGGUUCAUGACUUAGAGUUUGCUGAGAGCCUCGACAUUAUCCUGGAGGAGACGCUACCGGCCUUGCAGAAGGUUGUGGAACAGGGAAAGGCCAGACACAUCGGCAUCACAGGAUAUCCUCUGCAUCUCCUGCAGGAAGUGAUAGAGAGAUCCUCCAUCAACAUCGAACUUGUCUUGUCCUACGCUCGCAACACCCUGCUUGAUGAUACACUGAAGGAGUUUAUUCCCUUCUUCCAGUCGCGCAACAUCGGAGUGAUAAACGCAGCAGCUGUGUCGAUGGGUCUGUUGUGUCACGGGAAUCUGGUCGGCUGGCACCCCGCCACCCAGAACAUCAAAGACGCCUGUCAACAAGCUGCCCAGUUCUGUAAGGACACUGGGGUGGAUCUAGGGAGGCUAGCCGUCCAACACUCCCUCAAGCUGGAUGGUGUCUCUACUCACCUUAUGGGCAACAACAACACAAAUAUCCUUCGUAAGAACCUGGAUAGUGUGCUUACCCCUCCGACACCCCUCGAGGAGAAGGUCGCCCUCGAGUUGAAGCUCAAGUUCUUUGACCCGCUUCCCCGCAAGCAUUGGGAGGGGGUCGGACCAGCGCAAUACUGGAAAAGUCUUCGACAACUACGUGGGGAGCUGCCUCAAGACGAUUGAGUCACCACCCCGUCUACUAUAUACAUCUUCUGAGUCACCACCCCGUCUACUAUAUACAUCUUCUGAGUCACCACCCCGUCUACUAUAUACAUCUUCUGGGUCACCACCCCGUCUACUAUAUACAUCUUCUGGGUCACCACCCCAUCCACUAUAUACAUCUUCUGAGUCACCACCCCGUCUACUAUAUACAUCUUCUGGGUCACCACCCCGUCUACUAUAUACAUCUUCUGGUCACCACCCCGUCUACUAUAUACAUCUUCUGAGUCACCAC